AUGAGGCCAUUUCACCAGUUAGCCAGAAAAUGUAGAUUACCAAAUUUAUUGACAAGAUUAAUGAACGAGGAACAACGUCUGUGUAAAACCCUUCCUACCUCUUCUCUUUCUGGGAAAAAGAAAACAACCAGCAAGUAUGAAACCAUUGACCAAGACAAAUAUGGAGAUUUGAUCAACUGCCUCACAUCCUACAGAGAUAGUUGCAUUGACUGGAAGACAUCAGACAAAUCAAAGCCAUUUCUCCGGAAUACAUUUGACAGUCCACUACAGAUUGCAGCCUACAUAGGAGCCAUUAAUCAUGAUAGUAAUUACAACUUCCAGGUUAAUUGUGGACUCCUUGUGGUUGCCUACAAAGAUGGUUCUCCUGCACAUUCACAUUACAUUGACUCUGAGCUAUGCUGCUUUGCUUAG